AUAGCAGCCAGGAGAUAAAAGCAGCCAUUGUCUCAGCGCUCUGUUGUUCUGGCAUCAGUCAGUUCUCAGCUACUCCACAGCACUCAGCUGCCACCAUGUCGAUGUAAGGACGUCCAAAAGGGAACCCAAAGGCAUUUGACAAGCCAAAAUGCAAGAUUUCUGCAUCCCGAAAACUCUCCCUGAAGAUGCUGCUCCUGAACAGAGCGAUGGAGGACCUGGAGAGGGAGAAGCAGGACAGAGAUGAGGAGAAGAUCCGUUAUCUGGAUGAGAAGAUGCCUCCUCUACAGCUUGCUGGGCUCUCGCUGGCAGACUUACAGAAUCUGUGCAGAGAGCUCUAUGAAAAGAUUGAUGUUGUGGACGAAGAGCGAUACGACUGCGAGAAUAAAGUCAUCAAGCACAAUAAAGAUAUUCAUGAGCUGAAGCUGAAGGUUCAGGACCUGGGGGGUAAAUUUAAGAAGCCGGCUCUGAGGAAGGUGCGGGUCUCUGCUGAUGAGAUGAUGCGAGCUCUGCUGGGCUCCAAACACAAGGGCUCCAUGGACCUCCGAGCCAACCUGAAGUCAGUCAAGAAGGAGGAUAUCAAACAGGAGAAGGUCCUGACUAGUGAGGUAGGCGACUGGCGUAAGAACGUGGAGGCCAUGUCUGGUAUGGAGGGCAGGAAGAAGAUGUUCGAUGCUGCUGGAGGAGGACAGUAAACCCCAUCAUCCCCCUGACGUGACACUGUGGAGGGAGAGCCCAGUCUUAGACCCCGUUUACACCUGAUUAAAUCAUGUGAAUAAUAUCUAGAUUGUAUUCUGAUUAGAUUUGAGCCACAUGCAUUUACACUUGGUAGUCAAAUGUGAUUCAGUUGUUUUGGAAGGUGUUUGGUUUGGGCUGCUUAAAGUGUCUUGGAGUGACAGACAUGUUUACACUGUAAUAACAUGACUUAAAUGUGUCUCUGACAAUCUCCUGAAGUGGUUUGAGUGAUCGGAUUUGUAUCUGUUUUAAAUGCAUCUCAGAUCACCUCCUGAAGUGGUUUGAGUAAUGGGAAUUGUAUCUGUUUUAAAUGCAUCUCAGAUCACCUCCUGAAGUGGUUUGAGUGAUGGGAUUUUUAUCUGUUUUAAAUGUGUAUCAGAUCACCUCCUGAAAUGGUUUAAGAAAUUGGAUUUGUAUCUGGUUUAAAUGUGUCUCAGAUCACCUCCUGAAAUGGUUUAAGAAAUUGGAUUUGUAUCUGGUUUAAAUGUGUCUCAGAUCACCUCCUAAAGUGGUUUGAGUUAUCGGGUUUGUAUUUGGUUUAAAUGCGUCUCAGAUCACCCCAGACGUAUUUUAAGUAAUGGGAAUUGUAUCUGGUUUAAAUGCAUCUCAGAUCUCCUCCUGAAGUGGUUUGAGUGAUGGGAUUUUUAUCUGUUUUAAGUGUGUCUCAGACCACCUCCAGAAAUGGUUUUAGAAAUUGGAUUUGUAUCUGGUUUAAAUGUGUCUAGGACCAUCUCCUGAAGUGGUUUGAGCGAUCGGAUUUGUAUCUGUUUUAAAUGCGUCUCAGACCACCUCCAGAAGUGGUUUGAGGAAUUGGAUUUGUACCUGUUUUAAAUGCGUCUCAGAUCACCCCUGAAGUAUUUUAAAUGAUGGGAAUUGUAUCUGGUUUUAAUGCAUCUCGUUCCAUCUCCUGAAGUGGUUUGAGUGAUCAUAUUUGAAUCUGUUUUAAAUGCGUCUCAGACCACAUCCUGAAGUGGUUUGAGUGAUUGGAUAUGUAUCUGGUCUUGCAAGUGUUUAGACUAGCAGUUUAAUGUGGCUUGGUCUUGUCCAGAUAUAAUCCCAAUACUUAAGUCGCAUGAUGUGACCAGGUGUAAACGGGGUCUAAAUGGAACAGAGAGAAGAAAGGAAAGAAAGGAGUUGGAACUACCUGUACUUUACUUACUGAAAUGUCGUGGCAUACACUUUUAAAAAAUAAAUGAGAAGGAAGAAAAGGGUUCUUCAAAACAAUGGCAAAGUUUUCUAAAGACUUAACUUUCUAGUGUGAGGAACCUUUUAAAAGACCUAACAUGUAACGUUCCUACAUUACAAUACUAGUCAAGCAUGUGGAACCUUCCCAUUCAAUGAUUUUUCUUUAUUAUUUUUUUUUUAGAUGUAUUAGAUUAAUGCUGAAGACAUUAGAACUGUAAGAGAACACAAAAAAACUCUACUCUUGAAACAAGGUGAGAUAUUGUUGGGCAUGAAGGUAUCUAGCUUCUCUAUGGCAUUUAAAAUUUAAAUAUUUAUUCUUUAUUGGACAGCAUCAAUAAGUGUUCCUUCAUAGUUUUGAUGUCUUAAAAAUUUACUAAAAAUGUAGAAAAUAAUAAAAAUAAAGAAACAUUUGAUAAAGAAUGUUUGAUUGGUACAGUAUACAUCAAAAUACAAUACUACAAGAACAUAAUUUUGUUAAACGAUAUGGUGCACACUAAACUAUAGUUAUUAACAUUAAAAUAAUAAAGAUAAUGACUAGUUGUGUCUAAUAUAUAAAUACAGGCACUGCAGUAAGUGUGUAGCUAUUAGUAAUAAACGUGAUAAUAAACUUCACUACAAGUUUAAGGGCUUGGUUCUUAACAAAGACCUGGGCGGGGUUGUGCCGCACAUGCUGGAAUGUGUGUAAUGUGUGUGUGUGUGUGUGCUGUAUGGAUGUCUUAAAGAUGUUGAGAUAGUGAAAGAUUAAACAUUGCUCAAUCA